AUGAAGUUAAAUUUGACAUUUACCUUGGAAAACUAUGACAGACAUGUGACCAACAUUCACAUAGCACUGGAUGUUCCCGAAAGGAUUGCUAACGAUGACGAUGGUAGGGGGCGAGUGAACUUAGGGGUUAGUGGUUCGAACCCCACCUCUGCCUCUCGACUUCCCCUGUCUGGGCUUGGGCAACUUGGCAGUAUCCAAGCCCUCGUGGUUCCUUUGGGUGGCAUGGCAGUUAGGGACCGAAAGGGUGCCACAGCUGAACGAUUUUUCUCGUGGAAACGGUUCCGUGGAGAAAAAUAUCUAGUAUCCCUCAGGCUACCCAAUUUAAAAAAUGAACAUGCCUUCACCUCCAAGGCUUGGUUAUAUGUUUCACUUUCCUGUUUUCCGGUGAUCGAAACUGUAGCAGCUGGAACCAAUGUGCCUAUGGCGCACAGUUCAUAG